CCCUCCCCUGGCGGCAGCCUUUUCCCUCCUGGACGGCGUCAGUCCCUCCUUCGGCAGCCGGGACCUCGCUGCUUCUCGCUGGCCACACCGCGCUCGGCCCCCGGCGGUUCUGGGCGUCGCCGCCAGCAUCGCGAGCAUCCAGGGUCUUGGAGCCGCCGCCAAGGAGCAGGGCUCGGAUGCGCCCCGCGAGGCCGCUUGGCCCACGGCCCGCUGGCACCGCGCCCACCCGCGGGUCCCGCCCCGUCGGGGACGCAGAAAGCACUUGCCCGCCUGCGCCCCUCUCUCCCGCACGCCAGUCCUCCCGCGCAGAGUCGAGCGACGCGCGUGUUUCCCUCCUGCCCACCUGGUGCAGCCAUGGCCUCCUCCUCCGCGCGGCCCGCAGUCCUGGCCGUGACUGCGCUGGCUCUGUUCCUGCUGUUGUGUCUGGGCCCAGGUGGCACAAGUGGAAAUAAACUCAAGCUGAUGCUUCAAAAACGGGAAGCACUGGCUCCAACUAAGACUGAAGUGGCUGUUGAUGAAAGCAAAGCCAAAGAAUUCUUAGGCAGCCUGAAGCGCCAGAAACGGCAGCUGUGGGACCGGAGCCGGCCAGAGGUCCAGCAGUGGUACCAGCAGUUCCUCUACAUGGGCUUCGACGAGGCGAAAUUUGAAGAUGAUGUCACCUAUUGGCUGAACAGAGAUCGGAACGGACACGACUACUAUGAUUACCACCGUCACUACGAUGAAGACGCCCCCAUUGGUCCCCGAAGCCCCCACAGUUUUCGACAUGGAGCCAGCGUCAAUUACGACGACUACUGACCAUUAUUACGCAGUGUACGAGAAACCAGUGGCCAUCCUCUGUCUUCUUCGAUGCCUGGCGCUAGUUGGUUUCUGUUGUGCUUUUUAUAGUUUUUUUUCUGUCCACUUUCUCUGACCAAAAAGGAAGAGUUAAAGAAUAUAAAUGCCUUUUGAUAUUGCAUGCAAGUAUCCAACAGUACAUUUCAUUUAAAAAUAGCAAUAAAAGCAUUUUGUUAAAAAGAAAAGUCUCA